CUACAAACUAAAACUGACAAUGAAACCUGUCAAAAUAUUUGAAAAUUCGUACAAUGAAAAUAUUAUUCGCCCAGUUGGGUUUUAUUUAUCACUUUAGUUAGCUAUUACUUUUAUUUUAUUUUAUUGUAAGUUAUUAUUUCAUAACUCAACAUGCAAACAAUGAUCAAUCUAGGGGACCCUGAGCUGGAACUUAUGGACCCAACACCAAACGUCCACACAUUGUUUAUACACUUUGAUAAAAUGUUUUUUUGGACAAAAUUGGCUAGCAGGGCUGUUGUUAGAUGGAGUAAACGAAUGUACUCCUGUGCUGGCAUUUGCUCGUACGAAGGCAGGGGUGGUCUCUGUGAUAUUGCGCUGAGUGAACCUCUAUUAAAACUGCGGCCUCGCAAGGAUCUCAUCGAGACCCUGCUGCAUGAAAUGAUACAUGCCUUCCUAUUUGUUACCAAUAGAGAUCAAGAUAGAGAUGGCCACGGACCUAACUUUCAGUCGCAUAUGCACCGGAUCAACAAAUCUGCAGGCCUGAAUAUUAGCAUAUACCACAGUUUUCAUGAUGAGGUUAAACUUUACCAAACUCACUGGUGGCGAUGUAAUGGCCGUUGUCAAACUGUAAGGCCCCAUUUUGGUAUUGUAAGGCGCUCCAUGAAUAGGGCUCCAGGGCCCAAUGACUACUGGUGGGAUGACCACAAGAGAAAAUGUGGUGGCACCUUUAUCAAAAUCAAGGAGCCAGAGAAAAAGACUAGAGGCAAGGCAGCUCCGGUUACUAAACCAAACGCAGACAUUACAAGAUAUAUCACAAGUAAUAUAAAAACUAUUAAUAACAUACCAAAUACGUCUAGUAAUAGUAAACCUGUUCUGAAAGAUUCCACUAAUAGCAAGACUAAUACUAAUGUAAGGUCAAAUAGCUCGAGUACUCUAGUAGUAAGUAAAAAAGGAGUUGUGUUCAAUCCCACUUCAGUAAAACCAUCAACAAAACCACCUGUACCUCCCAUACCAGUAUUUACUGGUAGUGGUCAAACAAUUCCAGGAAGGCCGCAAAACACCGACAAUGUGACUGAAACAGUAAGAAAUAUAUGGGCCAACAAACAAAUACCCUCAAAGACAAACUCUAGUCCAGUACUUCAAAAAAAAGUUAAAGCUGUAGAGACUAGUACUAAACCUAAUAAGGCUAUUAAUCAAGUUGAAGACGUUAACAGUAAAAAGCAUAAAGCAGACACUAAUAUCGAACCUCCAGCAAAAAUUAAGAAAAUUAAUGAUCACAUGAAUGCGACAUCAAUCCUAAAAGACUUGUAUGGUGAAGAUUAUAAAUUGACACAAUCCAAUGAUAGUAAAAAGUUAAUUGCUGUUCAUGUUAAAGUUGAUUUAGUUGCCUGUCCUAUAUGCAAUGCAAAAUUCAGUAAUGAAGACAUUAAUAAGCAUUUGGAUGAAUGCUUGAAUAAGGAUAUAAUUGAGAAACUGAGUAAGGAUGAAAUAGUAGAAGAAGUCAUUAAACCUAGUACAAGUAGAAUAGAUAGUAUACCUGCAAAAGUUAGUGUGAAACCUGAACUUAUAGAUUUGACUUGGCUACACCAAGACACCAAUUCUGUAAUUACAAAAGGUAAGAGAAAGACUGAAUCGCAAGCUACAUUACAAUCUGUGGAUAUAAACAAUAUGAUAUCAGAAGUUAAAGACAACAAUAGAAGAAGAUCAGAUAGUUUCAUUACCAAAGAAAGAGGAGAUUAUUUGUCAAACGAAACUAAAAUGAAAAAGGUAGAAGAGGUUGUUGAUGAACCAAAAGCAGGGCCAAGUACAGAAAAAGAAAUUGAGCAAAUAUGUCCGUGCUGUGGGGUGAAAUUUGAUAAACCAGUAGAGGAGCAUUUAGAGGAAUGUUUAACUUUCUUUGACAAUAAUUCUACGAUACCUGACGAAGGGGCGAGUACAAGCUAUAGUAAUAAUACAACAAUACUUAUAGAUGAUGAAGAGGAUGAUAUAUUUGAUGAGACCCAGGUGCUAAAUGCUACAGGAACUAAGACGCCUUGUCCCUGUUGUAUGGAAAUGAUGGAGAUUGAUGACAUGAAUGCUCAUUUAGAUAUCUGUUUGAAGUGAACUUUAUACAGUAAUUAUUUAUUUCAUACUAGCUACCCGCUCCGGCUUCACACGGGUACAAUAUA